AUGCAAGCUCGAGUGCCAUAUUGUACUGGUUAUGGAAUUGCUAGUCAGCUUGUUCAACCACUGGCACAAAGAAGAUUUGUUCGAAGAACUCCUACGACAAGAAUAAGUCAAAAUUGGUUAAUAAGUUGUUCAAAUCAAAGACGAAGUCGAUCAAGACAACAACGUAGACGUGUUCCACGACAAAUACGUUUAAAUGAUUUUAUGCCAGCAGAACUAUGUGAAGCUUCACCAAAUCUUCCUGUCGAUUUUAAUCUAGCUACAACACUAGCUACAACUAUAGCUUCAAAUAUAAAUAAUGUGCCAUUUGAUGCAUUACCAAAACGUGCAAUUUUUGCUACAAAUACAACUCAACCUUUUGCUGUUAAUAAUGAAAAUAAUAUAGAUAUAAAUAAACAGCAACAGCAACAAGCUUAUGGUUCAAAUCAGGAGCGACCAAAAAUAACAACAACAUCAUUUCGACGUCGACAAACACGAAUUCGCCAACAACAAUAUCGUCAAAAUCAAAAUAUUAUUGAAAAUAAUCGAUUUACUGUACUGGCUGAAAAUAAUCUUGAUGAUAAUGGUGAUGUUGAUUUAGUAUCAAAUGUUGAUGAAAAUGAACCAGUUUUGGCUACAAAUAGAAAUAAGAAAAAGAAAAAUCGAGCAUACUUAGCAUAUGAUCGUAUAAUGACAUGGAUACAAAAUGAUACAUCUCUAAUUGAUAUUAUUGAUGCAAGUGGUAAUCAUGCUUAUUUAAUGGCUUCAAUUCCUAUAUAUGAUGAAUGGAUUCGAGCUAAUUAUCAUAUACAAGUUUGGCAAAAUUAUUUAAAAAUGGGUACUGAAAAUAAGCAUUGGGCAAAAGAACUCGUUCAACAUACUAAGAAACGUGAUGAUUUUGUUAAGAUACGAUUUGUAAAAAAGAAAAUUAAUCAAUUAUCAGCUACAAUUGCUCAAGCGAAUGCAACUAUAUCAGAUUUAAAAAUUCAAUUACGUGCUUACUGGUCACAAAUUCCAGGUUAUCAAAAAAGAAAAGUAACAGCUGAUGAUAUAACUCAAACAGUUACUGCUGCAGAAACAAAUACAACGACUACAACAACAAUUACAGCAGCAGCAGUAACACCAAAACUAAUGGUUGUUCCAUUAAGUAUUGAUAGAAUUCGAAGUAAAACUAAUGAACUUGGAAAAGUGAUACUAAAAUAUUUACAACAUUGUACUCAACAAGUAAAGAAAAUGCAUGAAACUCGUAUUCAAUUAGCCAAAGUUCAAAUGGAUGAAUUUAAAGCUUUAGAAGAUUUUGAACAAAUAGCCACCCCAGCUCAAUCGAAUACUCAUUUCUUACUCAAACCUAAAAUGAAGUUAUGGUUAAUAAAAAAUAAAAAUUAUCAAAUUUUAUCGAAAUGUGUUGAAUUAGAUAUGCCUCCAAAAACUAUUGAUAAAGUUGAUUUUUCUUUUAUAAUUGAUGAAUCAAUUAUAAGUCAAGAUGAAGCACAAGCCAUGCAUAAUAAAAUGCAUCAAAUUACAAAAGAUUUUCGUACUCAAGUAAUGACAUCAUAUGUUCGAUCAGCUGCUCGAGAAAAUGAAAUCUUAUCAAAUGAAAUCAAAGGUAUUGUUGAAAGAUUUCCUAAAGAAAAUGAUGAUGAAUUUGAUGCUGAACCUGCCUAUGCAGCUUUUAAACAAUAUCAUGAAUUAUGA